AACUAUAUUUGCAAUUACUUGAAGGUUGAAAGUUAAAGCUGCAACUUAACUCAACAGAAACGAAAACUUGGAGGUUCCGUAAUCCGUCCAGUUUAAUCUUAAACCGUAAUUUGAUUCGCUUCACCUUCUUAGUUAGCUUCCAUUCGGGGCAUUAGUAACGUAAUCAACAGUUAGAUUAGUGAUUAGAGGGCAUAAGUAAGUUUCACUUUACUCCACUCACGCGCUUCCAGGUGCAGUGAAAACCACGACAGCAGGCCCAAUCAGUCCAUUACAGGACACACAACACAUGGCCAUCCCCAGAAGAGAAUUGAAGAAGGAAUGACUGAACGAAGCGAACACAGACCAAAAUUCCCGAUUGUCCUCUUCCUUCUUAUUAUAUUCCCUCAUUCUGAUUCAUAACCAAAACUUGAAUUGGAAAACCCACCUUGUCACUCUCACUCCCCACUCGCAAGGAAUCGGUAUUCAGUAGCGUGUUCAAGAGAAUUGACGUAUUUGAAAUGGAUUCCCAGGAGAGGCGGAUUGAAGAGGAACUGUCCCACCCGAUUCUGCUGUCCGAGCGUGUUCGCUCCGCCGUCGACGAAGCCCAGUCCUUCAAACUUGAGUGUGCUGAAGUGGCCAAGCAAGUUGAUCGCCUCGCCCAAAUGCUCCGAAUGGCGGUUCGAUUCGCCACCGCGACUCCCGCCGUCUACGAGCGUCCCAUCCGUCGGGUGGUUGCCGAGGUUUCCAAGAAUCUCGAUCGUGCCCUAACCCUAGUACGCAAAUGCAAACAUCAGAGUGCGCUUCGCCGCGUAAUGACGAUCACCAGCGUUACUGAUUUUCGGAAACUAUUCAAUCUUCUAGACGCUUCCGUUGGAGACAUGAAAUGGCUUCUCACUAUUUUCGAAUGCAAUGGAGGCGGUAUCGUGCUUUCGCUUCCCCCAAUUGCUAGUAAUGACCCGAUUAUUGCUUGGGUUUGGUCCUCUAUUGCCUCGAUUCAGAUGGGUCAAUUGCCCGAUCGUGUUGAAGGCACCAACGAACUCGCUUCGCUUGCCGCUGAUAAUGAGAGAAACAAAAACAUUAUUGUCGAUGAAGGGGGAAUUCCUCCUCUGCUCAAGCUUUUGAAGGAAGGCCCCUCAGCGGAGGCUCAAAUUACGGCCAUCAAGGCACUUUAUACGCUUGCAAAUGAUCCAAACAGAGUGAGGACUAUUGUUGAAGAGCAUGGAGUCCCAAUUAUAGUGCAGGCUCUUGCAAACUCCCCGAUGCUGGUGCAGACACAAGCCGCGAGUUUGGUCGCAAGAAUGGCGAUUCAUGACCCCUUAGCUCAAGAAGAUUUUGCACGGGAGAAUGUUAUUAGACCCCUCGUUACUCUACUGUCGUUCGAGACUUUUAUGGAUGAAGUGUGUAGACAAAGCAUUCAUUCCAUUGUUCAGAUCAACAGGAACCUAGAGAAGAAGGCACUCGAUAAAACAAUGGAGCACAACCCAAACGCGAAGUCAAACGCUUUGCGUAACAUGGAAGGGGGUAGUAGGGCAGGGAACUCCCGAAAAGAGAGGGGAAAUGAGAGACCUGAAGUAAAGCAUAAGCUGAAAAUAAGUUGUGCCGAGGCUCUGUGGUUGCUGGCAAAAGGGAGCGUGUCGAAUAGUAGGAGAAUUUGUGAGACAAAAGGACUGCUUUGUAUGGCAAAGAUGGUGGAGACGGAAGAAGGGGAAUUGCAGAUGAAUUGUUUGAUGUGUAUAAUGGAGAUAACAGCUGCGGCAGAGUCCAAUGCGGACUUGAGGCGUGCAGCGUUCAAGACAAAUUCUCCUGCGGCCAAGGCUGUGGUGGGUCAGAUGUUGAGAUUGAUCAAUGAUUUGGACAACCCAACUCUGCAAAUUCCUGCCAUAAGAUCCAUAGGAUCGUUGGCUAGGACAUUUCCCGCAAGAGAGACACGAGUGAUUGGUCCUUUGAUUGUGAAACUUGGGAGUAGACAUGUAGAUGUGGCUGCAGAAGCUGCCAUUUCGCUGGGGAAGUUUGUUUGUCCAGAGAAUUUUCUUUGCAUGGAGCAUUCGAGGACAGUAAUAGAGUCUAAUGGAGUGCCUCUUGUACUGAAGUUACUAAGGGAGAAUGAAAGGACUCAAAUGUACGGACUGAUUCUAUUGUGCUAUCUUGCACUUCAUGCGGGCAGCAGCGAGAUUGUGGAUCAGGCCAGGGUUUUGACAGUGCUGGAAGGGGCGGAUCGCACCAUGAUUGCCUUACACCCAGAGUUGAAAGAGUUGGUGGGAAAGGCAAUUGGUCACCUCAAUCUGUAUCACGCAGGAAUGGGAAUCCAUUCAAAGGGCCACUUGGGUUUGCCUUAAAUUUCGAAUUGUUUUGGUUUUGUUUGAUGAAAGCGGGGUAUCGUAUGUCUAUAUCCUCUUAACAAAAUGAUAAUGUUAGAUAGAAUUGUGUAAAUAAAGCUUAUACCUUUUUAGCUUUCCAUUUUGGUUUGGUUGACGUGAAUGGAAUAAUUAAAAAGAUUACGAAGUGGAAUACCAUUUUUUUCCUCUUUCU